UGGGAACUGCCCCCGGGGCGCACAAGCAGGAACCCAGUGCUGUUAGAGCGGGCGUGAGCUCAUCUGGUCACAGAGGCCACCGGCAGCUGCAGGAGGUCACCGAGGGACCCCAAAGCUCUCAAGCAGGGACCCGCAGUGCGGGUUAUGCUGGGGGCUCAGAUCACUGCAGACAACUGAACAGUCAGCACAGCGCCAUGGGGGACUCCCAGGAUAAUGAAGAGAGGCUGGAGGAGAAUUUAGGGGUGCAGGACUAUGAAGACCAAGCUCCCCCCACGAUCGGGGAGGAGGACCCAGAAGCUCAGCUCACUGAGCCAACGGCCACCGACUACCACACUGCAUCGCGGUACCUAGACACCCAUAAGUUACCUGAGCAGCUGCAGAUUGGUGUGGAGCUGCGGGAACUGGUGAUGGAUGAAAAGAACCAGGAGAUGCAGUGGAUGGAGAGAGCGCGGUGGGUGCGGCUGGAGGAGAACCUGGGGAAGGAUGGGACCUGGGGCCGCCCACACCUGUCUUACCUCACCUUCUGGAGCCUGUUAGAGCUGCAGAAAGCCUUCACCAAGGGUACUGUCCUCCUGGACCUGCCAGAGAAAUCCCUGCCCGGGGUGGUCGUGCAGCUGCUGGACAGGUUUAUCUUCGAGGGGCAGAUCCGGCCUGAACACCGAGAGCCCCUGCUCCGGACCCUGCUGCUCAAACACAGCCACGCCAGAGAUAUAGAGGUCCUGGGGGAGAUGAAGCCUGCGCUCUUGACACCUGCGGGCCCUUCGCAGCCUCUGCUCCCACAGCAGCCCUCGCUGGAAGUAGAGCUCUUUUGUGAACAGGGAGAGGGGAGCAUGGAAGGCCACUCAUCUGAAAUCCUGGGGAAGAGCCCUGAGAACCUGGACACGCUGGUGCUCGUGGGCCAAGUCUCCUUCCUGGAGCGGCCGGUGCUGGGCUUCGUGCGGCUAAAGGAGCCCAUGGAGACGGAGCAGGAGACGGAGCAGGAGACGGAGCAGAAGCCAGAGGAGACAGAGGCGCUGGCAGUGCCUCUGCGCUUCCUCAUGGUGCUGCUGGGACCAGAGGACCCUCACAUUGACUACAAUCAGCUGGGCCGAGCUGCUGCCACCCUCCUGUCAGAGAAGGUGUUCCACGCUGAGGCACGCGUGGCUCAGAGCAAGGAGGAGCUGGUACAUUCUCUGGGGGGCUUCCUAGACUGCAGUCUGGUGCUGCCGCCCUCAGACACUUUCUCGGAGAAGGACCUGCUCAGCCUGAUACCUGUGCAGAGGGCACUGCUGAAAAGACGCAAACUCCCCAGUCCUGCCAAGCAGGAACCCAGCUUCUACAUGGGCCUAGACAUGGAUGGGGGCAUAGAAGACAAAGACGACCCUCUGAGGAGGACGGGCAAGCUUUUCGGGGGCCUGGCGCGUGACAUCCGGCGCCGCUACCCGCGCUACUUGAGUGACAUCACAGACGCCUUGAGUCCCCAGGUCCUAUCUGCCAUCAUCUUCAUCUACUUUGCCGCCCUGUCGCCUGCCAUCACCUUCGGCGGCCUCCUGGGAGAAAAGACCCAGAACCUGAUGGGCGUGUCGGAGCUGCUCAUCUCUACGUCAGCGCAGGGCAUCGUCUUCUCCCUGCUGGGGGCUCAGCCCCUGCUCGUGGUGGGCUUCUCAGGACCCCUGCUCGUGUUUGAGGAAGCCUUCUACUCGUUCUGCCAGGAUAACGGCCUGGAGUACAUCGUGGGCCGUGUGUGGAUUGGCUACUGGCUUAUCUUUCUGGUGGUGCUGGUGGUGGCCUUUGAGGGCAGCUUCCUGGUCCGCUUCAUCUCUCGCUACACCCAAGAGAUCUUCUCCUUCCUCAUCUCCCUCAUCUUCAUCUUCGAGACCUUCAAAAAGCUGUACAAGAUCUUCGAGGAGCACCCACUGAAGAAGGAUUAUUCUGCGGCAGGACCGUCCAAACCCAACACAGCCCUCCUCUCUCUUGUGCUCAUGGCGGGCACCUUCUUCUUUGCCAUGCUGCUGCGCAAGUUCAAGAACAGCUCCUACUUCCCUGGCAAGCUGCGACGAGUCAUCGGGGACUUUGGGGUUCCCAUUUCCAUCCUGAUCAUGGUCUUGGUGGAUGUCUUCAUCGAGGAGACCUACACACAGAAACUCAGCGUGCCUUCAGGCUUCACUGUAUCCAACUCCACUGCCCGAGGCUGGCUCAUCCACCCGCUGGGCCAGGGUGGCUCCUUUCCCAUCUGGAUGAUGUUUGCUUCCGUUCUGCCUGCCAUGCUGGUCUUCAUCCUCAUCUUCCUAGAGACCCAGAUCACCACGCUGAUCGUCAGCAAACCAGAGCGCAAGAUGGUCAAGGGCUCCGGCUUCCACCUGGACCUGCUGCUGAUCAUGGGCAUGGGUGGGGUGGCCGCCAUCUUUGGGUUGCCCUGGCUCAGUGCCACCACCGUGCGUUCUGUCACCCACGCCAAUGCCCUCACGGUCAUGAGCAAGUCCAGCAUCCCAGGAGCUGCUUCCCAGAUUCAGGAAGUCAAGGAACAGCGGAUCAGCGGGCUCCUGGUCGCUGUGCUCGUGGGCCUGUCCAUCCUCAUGGGGCCCAUCCUGUCCCACAUCCCCCUGGCUGUGCUGUUUGGCAUCUUCCUCUACAUGGGGGUCACGUCACUCAGUGGCAUCCAGCUCUUUGACCGCAUCUUGCUUCUGUUCAAGCCGUCCAAGUACCACCCGGACAUACCCUAUGCCAAGCGGGUAAGAACCUGGCGCAUGCACCUGUACACGCUCACCCAGAUCAUCUGCCUCGUGGUGCUGUGGACGGUGAAGUUCUUCCCAUCCACCUCGCUGGCCCUGCCCUUCGUCCUCAUCCUCACGGUGCCCCUCCGCCACUUCCUGCUGCCACUCAUCUUCAGGAAACUGGAGCUCCAAUGUCUGGAUGCUGAUGAUGCGAAGCCCAACUUAGACGAGGAGCACGGUCGGGAUGAAUAUGACGAGGUGCACAUGCCUGUGUGAGGGGGGGCCCGGGCCCCGGCGCCCCCUCCACCGUUCCACGGGCCCACUCUCCCAGGAAAAGCAGAGGUUCAUGGGCACCUCCUGGACUCCCAGGUCCCUCCGGGGGAAGCAGCUGAGGUCCGGGGGCCAUGGGUUAGGGGGAAGGAAGGGGUGUCUAAGAAACCUUCCGUGAAGUGUAGGCUGGCUUUUGCAGGAAAUGGACAGUGGGGUCCACAGCAGGGAUUUACCGUGCAGUCCCUUCUGGGGCCACACUGCCACUUGGGGGAUCCCACUCCCCAAGACCUAGAUCUGAGCCCUCAUGGCACAGACAGGAGCAGUGAUGGGGGUGGAGGGAGGGCGCUGGGCGAAGGGUGGGUAUUCAAAUUCCUAUUUGCUGUGUGACCUUGGGCAAGUCCUUGGAUCUCUCCAGCCUCUGCUUCCUCAUCUGUAAAAUGGGUAUAUCAAUAAUCACAUACCCACAUUACAGGAUGGUUUCUGAGGACCAAAGAUAAAUGUGAGGAAAGGGCUUUGGGAGUUCUCGUCAUGGCGCAGUGGUUAACGAAUCCGACUAAGAACCAUGAGGUUUGGGGUUCGAUCCCUGGCUUCG